AUGACUUUAGAAACUAUCAGCACAACAGAAGUAGAUACUUCAAAUUAUAAAAUGUGGAUUCAACUAGCUUCAGCACCUGAAGACUUUAAUAUGAUAGUGGAUAAAACAACAUUAACACAAAUGGUUCAUUGCUUUCAACAAACCAUGAACCAAGAAAUUAAACGUCACUUUGAAGAAGAAUUUAUAAAACGUCAGCCAAUGAUUGAUAAAGCAUUUACGGAAAAAUACAAUAAUUCUAAUCAAGAAACAUUUUCAAUUAAUGAAGAACUUCAAAAAGAAAAAAUCAAAUACUCUGGACUUACUAAAGAAUUCAGUGAACUUCUUCGGACUCAAGAAAAUUUAAAAAAUCAUUUAGAAGAAUUACAAAGAAAAAUUAAUCUUUUAGACCAACAAAUUCAAGCCACCCAAAUUCAACAACAACAAUUGGCCAAUAAAUUUAAUCUUAAAAUUGCAGCUAUAGAUAAAGAAAAAAUAAAAAAAGAAAAUGAACUUAGCCGUGUUAUGUCUCAACAUGACCAAUUGGUAGAAGAAUUUAAUAAACUUCAAACCGCUCAUCACAAAUACAAAGCUGCUUUAUUUAAAGCCCAAAAUGAAGUCAAUGCUUUAAAAUCUGGUUUGGGAAAAUAA